GGAACUUUUGAUUUGCACCACGUUCAGCCGAAAUUGACAACACAACAAACUUGUGUUAAUCAGACCAACCGUUAUAACUUUAGCAAAACUAUAGCCUACUCAGUACACCAUGGAAACACCGGAGAUCCGUGGUAAACUUUCGCAUUGUUUGCCAAAGAAGGAAAAUAUGACAGUACUGAGAUAUCCUGCUGGAGGAAUGAAGGAACGCGUCCAGUUCGCCCAGCAACACGGUGAUAUCCUUCCCAUGACACAAAAUCAGAUGGUGUCUUACGCAAGCGACGCUCAACAGAGGUACCAGAAAAUGUCUCUGUUUUUCCAAUAUACCAGCAAAGAGGACUCAGGGGAAGCCCAGGACGCUACAGAUUCAGUGCUAGAGGGUAUUGGAGCCAUUCCCUCUUCACUGUCUGAGCUCUGCUUUCAAAUGCAGCAGAGGAUAAAAACGUGUGCUGUUCCAUCCCUUUCUCCAGAGGACCAAGAAGCAUUAGAGUCGGUGAUGACGUCCGAGCUGGGUCUGAUCUGGCAGGACCUGCGCGUCUCCAGACCGGACCCCACGCUGACGUGGAGCGAGAACCGGGCGCUGCGGCACAAGACCUUCGGCGAGGUGCUGCGCCUGUGCGAGCAGCUCCACCUGAGCUACACGCACCUGCAGCACAGCCUGAGGCGCCGCGCCGUCUUCACCGACGCCGCCAACCGCAGCCGCCUGGCAGCGCAGAUGGCGUCCGACUGCACCAGCGUGUUGAAUGUGCACUCCAUCCGACGAGACAUUGCUGCAGGGAUCAAAGCUGAGCGCAAGGCCAAGGCCAAGGCCAGGAGGUCACCAAAGUCCAGAGAGGAACGCAAGCAGAUGGUGCUCAAACUAUCCAAAGGGAAGACGUGGGUCUCCAAACAGCACAAAGAGUCUGUCCAGAAAGACAUUGCAGAGAUCAAGGAGAAGAUUGGCUUGAUCAGUUUGGAGCAUGUGUAUGAUCUCAUGCCCAAUCUCCUGGAGAAGACAGUGGACUUCAACAGGAGCAGAACAGAAAAGACAGGCCCAGAUGAAGCCCUGCCUGUGGUCCCUACUGAGGAUGAAGCGUACGAUGUCUCUGAUGGUCUCUUCACCAGACUCAAGGGGUGUAAAUCCAUGCCGGACCUGAGCAGAGAGACCCUGCUGGACGAGCUGGAGAUGGACGCCCCUCCCCCGCGCCCCCAGUCCCCGCUGGUGCUGAUGGUCAUCAGCAAACCGGUUGUCCAGCAACAGACCUUGAGUAUGGCCGAUGACCUCAACAGGUUGCUACAGGAUGACUCUUCGCUAGAUAACACAGACCCUGAUGUGGACAUCCCUCCUUUAAUCAAAGCACGAUCCUACAGAAGCUCCGCUAAACUGCAGAGGCUCCAGGCAGUCUUACAGAGCCUGAGAGAGAAGAGAGAGCGGCUGACCCAGAGCAGGGUCACCCUGAAGAGGCCCGAGCACCCCCAGGCCGAGGUGGUCAGCGUGCCCAUCUCCUCCCACGCCACUGCCCGCCUGGCCGCCGCCCGGGUCUCUGACCGCGUGGCGCCCGAGAAGAUCAACGUCAACAUGUUCCCGCCGGUCUACGACGAUGUCAACAGAGAUAUUGAGGCCUCAUCAGUACAGUGGAUGGACCGCAACCUCUUUACUGGUGCUGAAAUAAAGGAGGUCUGUAAAGAGUUGUCCAAAGGCCUGAUGCAGAAAUACCUCGGCUUUGAAAAGGAUGACAUGAUUGAGCCGAGCAUGGUUCAGGACAAGCCCCACAGGCUGAAAAAGACUCCCAAUCAACUCAUCAAUUCUGCGCUGAAGAACAACAUCUCGAGCAAAAAAAGAGCGGAGGCUCCUAUGGAGCAUAAGAAGCCUUUAGACGUGACGUCGCGUGCCUACACAGCCUGGUUUCUGUGGUGGAAGUCGCACUUGUCCCUGGACGACUUUCUGAGGUACCUCACCACUCAGGAGUUGGACUACCUGGCCGUGGUGUUCCAGCUGCUUGACAACGAGACCAAGAAGGACAGUGAGGAGGACAAGAGAAAGGCCCUGCAGCAGCAGAGGGAUGAGAAGAAAAGAGCUCGAACUGAGAAGAUCGAGGCUCUGAAGAGGAUGAAGCAGGAGUAUGUCAUGGGUGUAUGGAAUGUGAACAGCGUCUUGUUGGGGGGGCUCUGGAAAGACCCAGUCCUGGAAGAGGAAAACAGUCCAGAUGAGGAAGACGCUUCAGUAGAAAUACAGUUCUUGGAAAAAAAUGUGGUCGACCAGGAGCAGAGAGACGCACCGCUACAAGUGGACUCGGACCAGCUGAUGGCCCGUCUGGAGCGGAUCUGGGCGGUUCUGUGCCUGCCGGACAGGCUUCGACUGGACAUGGCCAUCAAGUACAGCUCCCAAGCAUACAGAGACCAGCAGGAGAAGGCCAUCGUUGCAUGGGAGCAGGCUGCUCGUCUGAUCCAGCAGAGAGAGAUGGUUCUGUCUAAACUGGAGUUAUUUGAGUGGGAGGCAUCGGAUCCCAACCGAUUCUUCCAUCCAGGCUACCCAGGCACGUCCAACGCCAGGAUGAGUGAGUCUAAACAGAGAGAGGAGAUGAACACACAGAUCACCUCGCUGGAGAGAGAUCUAUCCAAGAUCAUCAGCGAGAUCUCAGACUGCUUCAGAGACACUGUCACCUACAAAGGCCGGCCCUACCGGGAGAAGAUGCGCUGGGACCGCACGGAGAUGCUCUACUGGCUGCAGCAGGAGCGGCGGGUCCAGUCUCUGGAGAGGGUGGUGACCAGGAAGGGCCUCCUGCCCACCCGACUGGCCCCUCUGGAGCUGGCCCACACCCACCCCACCCCACAGACGUGCAGCAGCCCCAAGGAUCAGAUGUUGUAUAGAGAGAAAUUACAGCCCUCACCGUCAAUCAGUCAUAUUCAACUUUGUGUCUCCAAAUUAAAAUUGAGUAGUGUUACUAAAUAA